UAUGGGAGGAGUUGACGUCUCCUAAAAAACAGCUCAAUCGCUGUCGUCCUCCCUGAAAUGUUUCGCUUGAUACCAAAACAGAAUGAAACCUCGCGCGUCUCCGGUAUGUUCAAACCUGCGAUCGCUUCAUCAUUUACAAGUAUGGACCGGCGGUUUGCGCUCGUUUAGGUGAGUUUACUACUGAAGCGCCUCGGCCAGGACUUUUAGUGAGUAUUUUGAGACACUUAACUACACAUUCAAUGGAAGAGGAGCCGCUGCUGACGGAGAGCAUUAACCAGGGCUCAGGUGAUUAUGGAUCUCAUGAUAAUGGACACGAAGAUUCACUAAGAUCAACAGGACCGUCUCAUUCAGCAACCGAAGAAGAUGCAGAACUCUAUAUCCAGCAGGCAGUUGUAUUUAUUGAAGAUGCAAUUCAGUAUCGAUCAAUCAAUCACAGGGUUGACACAGGAUCUUUACGGUUAUAUAGAUGGUACUACUCCAGUAUAUGUCAGUGGUGUCUGGGGUUUACCAUCGCUGUUGUGCUGGCUCUGGCCUUCAUUGAGAGACCCUCCUCUCUGACCUACACCUCUGACAUACGUUUCAAACCUGACCCCUGGGAACCUCCGUGUGGAAUGACGGAGGCUAUUGAGAUGGUUUGCCUUUGUAUCUUCAUCCUGGACGUCACUGUGAAGAGCUAUCUGAUUGGAUGGGAGGAGUUUCGUAUGAAUAAAUGGCUGAUUGGCUACACAAUAGUCAUUGCAACAUCAGUUAUUGACUGGAUGUUGAGUGUUAGCAUGAUGUGCAAUGAGAGUUUAAGAGUCAGGAGAUUGAUACGGCCGUUUUUCCUCCUGCAAAACUCUUCCCUCAUGAAGAAAACUUUAAAAUGUAUUAAAAGGACUCUUCCAGAGAUAGCCAGUGUCAUCCUGCUUCUGGCCAUGCAUCUCUGCUUAUUCACUAUGAUUGGAAUGCUGAUCUUUGCCAAAUCAGAUGACCCUAAGAAGAAUGGAGAAUGGGAAACAUACUUCAAAAACAUGCCAAAGGCCCUUUCGUCUCUACUGGUUCUGCUCACCACAGCGAAUAAUCCUGACGUCAUGAUUCCUGCCUACUCUCUGAACCGUGGCUAUUCUAUAUUUUUCAUACUCUUUAGUGUGUUUGGAACAUAUUUGCUGAUGAAUUUAAUGACGGCUAUUAUUUAUAAUCAGUUCAGAGGAUAUCUUCUGAUGUCAGUCCAGACAUCUAUUAUGAGGAGACGUCUGGGUAUCCGGGCUGCGUUCGAGGUGCUGUGCUGUCCGGGGAGAGGACACACCAGCAGUCAUGCUGAAGGCCAUGUGGAGCAGGUGGCUGUGCGCAUGUUUGUGCAGGUCAUGGGUAGAGUCCAUAUGAAGUCUUACUACAGAGCGGCCAUCAUUAAGGCUGCUCAGCAGUUCCCAGAUGGCUACAUCAAUGGCGAGGCCUUCCAGAACCUGUUCUAUGAACUCGAUAAAGACUUUAUCAAAGAGCAUCCUCCGAAGCCACAGUACAGUUUCUCUCUCCUGCAGCACAUCCAGCGUAUUUACAAUCAUUACACAAUUACAGUGCUGGGAAAUGUUGUUGCUCUGGUUAAUGUCCUAUGCAUCUGUACUAUCUUAGUUCUGGAUUCUGAGAAAUCUGCAUCAGAAAGAGAUUACUACUACGUGGAGAUUAUCAACUGUGUUUUCAUCCUGUACUAUUUAAUAGAGAUGUCAAUGAAGAUACUGGCUUUCGGUUGGAGAGGUUACCUGUCUUAUAGGAAUAACAUAUUUGAUGGAUUCCUCACUUUUCUUCUGCUGGCGAUUCAGAUUGCCAUAUUCAUCACAUACAAGAUUCCUGAUACUAAAGUGGAUCCGGAGUCACAGCGUAUGCUGUCAUUGUGGGAGAUGGUGCGAUUGAUCAACAUGUUGAUCGUUUUCCGCUUCCUCAGGAUAAUUCCAGAAAUCAAGUUGAUGGCUGUAGUGGCCAGCACUCUUGUGGACCUGGUGAAAAACUUACGGGCAUUUGCUGGAAUUCUGUUGGUGGUUUACUACGUGUAUGCAGUUCUUGGUAUCUGGCUUUUCCAGGGAGCCAUAACCGCCCCAACAAACAUGAGUGCGAUCUCUAACUCCAGUCUGGAGAAUAUCACCGUAGCCUUCACCAUGGAUUGUGGCUCUUUCGAACAGCUGGAAUACUGGCCAAAUAACUUUGAUGAUUUCGCAUCCUCUUUGGUCCUGCUUUAUAACAUCAUGGUGGUGAAUAACUGGCAUGUCUUCACAGACGCAUACACUAGAUAUACUACAGAGUGGUCUUUGGUGUACUUUGUGGCCUGGUGGUUGACAUCUUCAGUCAUGUGGGUCAACUUGUUUGUGGCCCUCAUUUUGGAGAACUUCACAUAUAAGUGGGACAGAAGUAACUCGCUCUCGGUUGCGGAGGUGGAGAGGAUCGCCUAUCAAAGCACUGUUCAGCUCAUGUUCAGAGAGCAAGUCCAAGAGCCGACAGAAGAAGAAAUACGAGCUAUGCUACAACAGCAUCCUCAUCUUCACCUCGCCUGGUGACCCCAAACACAGACCCUCAUCUCCAUCUCACGUGACAUCUUUAAUGCAUACAACAAUAUAAUUGCAACCAAACACACUCAGAAUCCUCUUGGAUUGAAGGGCCUCAUAAUUACAAAUCCAUCAAUUUCUUAAGACCCGAUUCCUAUUAUGGGGUCUGUGUUGUUUCAGUUCUGCCUAAGAAAGGAUGUGUGUUUUCCAGCAGUGCUUUACACAAUUAAUGUUUAGAGGAACUUCACUUAGAACAAAGCUGGUUUUCAGAGUUACAUCUCUUCAAUUACAUUAUCAGUACCAGCAUUUUUGACUCUUUGAGGUUUAACAUCUUUUUUUGUUGUUGAGAAAAUAACCUUAACAUUUUUGUUGUGCACUAGUAAAACAAUCAAGAUUUUAUUUAUUUUUGUAAGGCUGUUACAAUCAUACAACAAAAGAAUGAAUGUAUUGAGCUUUCAUGUAGUGUAAAUUAUGUAAGUUUUAUAGAAUGGAAAACAAAGGGAUGUGGCUCAUUGCCGUAUUUUUAUUUUGCUGUUUUGCUAACUUUUAGAUUCGGUUUAAAUGUGUGACACAUUUGUCAAGGGCUUUUAUUUAUACGGUAUCAGAUUUUACUGCAUGUUUUAUGAACCUUUUUUUAAACAAAUUGAUAAUUUGGUACAGAGCAGUUCUCAUUAUUAUAAAGUGAUAAGUAUAAAUGUUAUUUGUGUAAUGCGAAUAAAAAAACUAUUAAAUUGAUUUAAAAUUAAA